UAAAGUAAUAGAUAAUUAAUAGUCUUGUCGGGGGCGAAGACUUUUAUGAGGCUAUGAGCAGCGUUCAGCCCUUCACAUUACCUCGAGAGAUUAUGCAAUCGAUCAUUUGUUUGUUCAUUAUUAACAUUGCUUCAUUACACUUACAGAAAAACCAGAAAUGGCCGAAACUAACCAUCUUUCCUCACAAAUUCAAGCAAUGGAUUCCAUUCUUGCCAUGGCAUCAGAGUCAAAUCCUCCACAAACAAACUGUACUACCACCUUAGACACGAUGACGACUGAUAGUACGACAAUAUCGCUUCCUCUACUCAAAUCUUUCAGGGUAGGCCAAAUGAUCCUUGAAGCUGAAGCAUCCCAAGCGCAAUUAGCAAUGUUGGACGCGCAGUUGCGAAAUAUUGAGAAGCAAUUGUUGGUCAAAGACGUCCAAAACCUAUCAGCUGACCCUCGUAUUUGUUGUCUAGAAUCGUUUACAUCUCAGAUUCAAUUUCUGAUUGAAAACCGAGUCCAGCUACUUGAUAUCCUCGACACUCCUACACGAGCAGAACAUCUACUUCUACAUCAACAACAUCAUAAAGAAUUUGUGGACCUCUUCAAAACGAUUCAACGAGAAGUGCUCAAGAUUCAAACCUAUCUGGAGGCUAUCGCGUGGAAAGAGGCAUUUUUUAAAUCUGCUGACGAAGUCACGAAAUUGAAAUCAAGUCUAAAGCAGUUGACAGUAUUGGUUCUGCAGCAGACUCAGCUUAUCGAUGCAUCUCAUACGUUCUAUUUGAGUUGUCUUUUGAGUGGAUCCAAUCAUACGAGUAAUUACGAUGCAUCUCGUCAGGCCUUCAUGGAUUUCAUGCGUAGACUAGAAAACAAAUCCUCUGCACAAAAUGAAAAUCCUGAGGCAUGAUUACUUCAAUUAUAGUCCUCGCAUAUACAGUCAUUGUUGGGUUUUGGAUCUUGGAUCUUGU